CCCGAAAAGGGGGCGUGAGGGGCUGCGCGACCCGCUGGUCCGUGCGCCGCCAUGAACGUGGUCUUCGCCGUCAAGCAGUACGUCUCCAAGAUGAUCGAGGACAGCGGCCCGGGCAUGAAGGUCCUCCUGAUGGACAAGGAGACGACCGGCAUCGUGAGCAUGGUCUACACGCAGUCGGAGAUCCUGCAGAAAGAGGUCUACCUUUUUGAACGCCUCGAUGCAGGGAACAGAGAGGUCAUGAAGCAUCUGAAAGCCAUCUGCUUUAUUCGCCCCACAAAGGAAAAUAUCAAUUAUUUGAUUCAGGAACUCCGAAGACCCAAGUACAGUAUAUACUUUAUUUAUUUCAGUAAUGUGAUCAGCAAGAGCGACGUGAAGUCCUUAGCUGAAGCUGAUGAGCAGGAAGUCGUGGCCGAAGUCCAGGAAUUUUACGGCGAUUACAUUGCAGUGAACCCACACUUGUUUUCCCUCAAUAUUCUGGGCUGCUGCCAGGGUCGAAAUUGGGAUCCAGCCCAGCUGUCCAGGACGACACAGGGCCUGACGGCUCUUCUUCUGUCUCUGAAGAAAUGCCCCAUGAUCCGCUACCAGCUUUCCUCAGAUGCGGCCAAGAGACUUGCUGAGUGUGUCAAGCAAGUGAUAACGAAAGAAUACGAAUUGUUUGAGUUCCGCCGGACGGAAGUCCCUCCGCUGCUGCUCAUUUUGGACCGCUGCGACGAUGCCAUCACUCCGCUGCUGAACCAGUGGACCUACCAGGCCAUGGUUCAUGAACUCCUGGGGAUUAACAACAAUCGAAUCGACCUUUCCCGAGUGCCGGGGAUCAGUAAAGACCUCCGAGAGGUGGUCCUGUCUGCUGAGAACGAUGAAUUCUAUGCUAACAACAUGUACCUGAACUUUGCAGAGAUUGGUAGCAACAUAAAGAAUCUCAUGGAGGACUUCCAGAAGCGGAAACCAAAAGAACAGCAGAAGCUAGAGUCAAUAGCAGACAUGAAGGCCUUUGUUGAGAAUUACCCGCAGUUCAAGAAGAUGUCUGGGACUGUGUCAAAGCACGUGACCGUCGUCGGGGAGCUGUCUCGGCUGGUCAGUGACCGGAGCCUGCUGGAGGUGUCGGAAGUCGAGCAAGAGCUGGCCUGUCAGAAUGACCACUCCAGUGCCCUCCAGAACAUAAAGAGGCUCUUGCUGAACCCGAAGGUGUCGGAGCUGGACGCCGCACGCUUAGUGAUGCUUUAUGCUCUCCACUACGAGCGGCACAGUGGCAGCUGCCUGCCUGGGCUGAUGAUGGACCUCAGAAACCGUGGCGUCUCCGACAAGUACCGCAAGCUCGUGUCUGCGGUCAUUGAGUACGGCGGCAAGCGGGUCCGAGGAAGCGACCUCUUCAGCCCUAAGGACGCCGUGUCUAUCACCAAGCAGUUCCUCAAGGGACUGAAGGGAGUAGAAAACGUCUAUACCCAGCACCAGCCUCUCCUGCAUGAGACCCUGGACCAGCUCAUCAAAGGGAAGCUGAAGGAGAGCCUGUAUCCCUACCUGGGCCCCAGCACCCUCAGAGACAGACCCCAAGAUAUCCUUGUGUUUAUGAUUGGUGGCGCCACAUAUGAAGAGGCUCUCACAGUCUACAACCUGAACCGCACAUCCCCAGGCGUGAGGGUGGUCCUGGGAGGAACCACGGUGCACAACACAAGAAGUUUCCUAGAGGAGGUUCUAGCCUCCGGACUGCACAGCUCCAGCCUGGAGAACGCUCCCGUGACCCCGAGGUCGGCCAGCCGAAGGUGAAAGUGUGCAGUGGCAGGAGAAGGGCACAGAGCUCUCCGACUCUGGCUUCGCCGGCUGUCCCCACUGACCAGGUGUGCAGCAGAGCCGCCCUGCUGGCCCCAUCCCCAGGCAGCUGACUCCUGGCCUGGCCACACGGAGAGUGACCGGGCAGAGCUCUGGCAACAUCCAGACCCACGGGCCACUCGCCUCACCGUCUGUCUCUCCAGGAAAGCAUGCCUGGUGCACUUCGUGUUACAAGCCACACCAGUUCCCGAUGAAGCUUGCUGGGAUCCUUAAUAGAA